UGGUCAUCCCUUGUAGUGUCUGCAGUCUCUGGUCAUCUCCUGUACUAUGUCUGCAGUCUCUGGCCAUCUCCUGUACUGUGUCUGCAGUCUCUGGUAAUCCCCUGUACUAUGUCCGCAGUCUCUGGUAAUCCCCUGUACUAUGUCUGCAGUCUCUGGUCAUCCCCUGUACUAUGUCCGCAGUCUCUGGUAAUCCCCUGUACUAUGUCUGCAGUCUCUGGUCAUCUCCUGUACUAUGUCCGCAGUCUCUGGUCAUCUCCUGUACUAUGCCUGCAGUCUCUGGUCAUCUCCUGUACUAUGUCUGCAGUCUCUGGUCAUCUCCUGUACUAUGUCUGCAGUCUCUGGUAAUCCCCUGUACUAUGUCUGCAGUCUCUGGUAAUCCCCUGUACUAUGUCUGCAGUCUCCGGUCAUCUCCUGUACUAUGUCCGCAGUCUCUGGUCAUCUCCUGUACUGUGCCCGCAGUCUCUGGUCAUCCCCUGUACUGUGUUCGCAGUCUCUGGUCAUCUCCUGUACUAUGUCCACAGUCUCUGGUCAUCUCCUGUACUAAGUCUGCAGUCUCUGGUCAUCUCCUGUACUGUGUUCACAGUCUCUGGUCAUCUCCUGUACUAUGUCCGCAGUUUCUGGUCAUCUUCUGUACUAUGUUUGCAGUCCAUUGGUUUAGAAUAUUUUUUUUCCUGUUUUUCUCCUCUAAAGCCUAGGUGCGUCUUAUGGUCAGGUGUGUCUUAUG